AUGUGUUUUACAGCCGAUAUGUCCAAACCUCCAACCGCUCCUGGACCCGCUCUCCCAGAGGAGCAGUCAAUGGAGGCUGAGCUGACGGCAACAAGGCGUCGACUAACCUUCCAUCCAGGCAACACUAAGCCCACUAUCAUCCCAGCCCAGUCCCACCUUGUUGUCCUGCGUGAAAAACCCUUUGACCUGCGUUGCCAGAGUGACAACAAGACACAGUGGAGACGAGAGGACUGGAACAAGCCCCUGAAAGCGAAACAGAUCGAUGGGAUGUGGACGCUGCAGAUCUCAAGGGCUCAACCAGUGAACAUGGGCCGCUACAUCUGCCUUGAUGAGAACUCCCGCGAGCAAGCCUCCAUCUACGUCUACGUGAAAGAUCCUGAAAAUCCUUUCAGAAAAGCAAUGGUGUCCAGCAUUAUUACUCGUGAGGGAGAUACUGCUUCUAUUUCCUGCCGAGCAACCGAUCCAAGUCUGGACAAUCUGCACCUGGAAACGUGCUCUGGAGCAGAACUCACCUCUGGUCUCCAGUUUUCUGCAAGCCUCGAGCAGGGCAUCAUCAUCCACAAAGUGCAAAUGGCCCAUAAUGGAUGCUACGUGUGCGCAGGAACACUCCUGGGGAAAAAUGUCAGAUCCCAAAAUUUCCAGUUGAUAGUGAAUCCAGUUCCCGUUGCUCCGCCUGUAAUUGAGAUGCAGCAGCCCGGUAAACUGAUUCUUACUCGCGGCCAGAGCCUCACACUCACCUGCAACACCAGUAAUGUGAAUGGAGAUAUCGGCCUGGAGUGGGUCACGCCUCCUGGCUCGGGUGCCAUCUGGUAUCCACAGCAACCACCAAAGGUUGACGGCGCUUCGCGGAUCCUGCCCGAGCGCUUCACGCACGUGCGCAGCUCCACCCUGCAAAUCACCGCCGUGCACCCGCAGGACACGGGCAGCUACAAGUGCCAAGCCCGGAACGAAAAAGGGAGGAGCAUGAAGUCGGUGUGGCUGGAUGUUUAUGAAAGGGGAUUCAUCAGCUUAUCGUCCACAAGCAACAGCACAUUCCACGUCCGUUCAGGCGAGAGUUUGUCUCUCAAAGUGAGCAUGGAGGCGUACCCAAAGCCACACACCAUGUCCUGGAGCUUCAUGGGCCAGGAGCUGAGAAACACCAGCGACCAUGUCAUCAGCACACACAACAAAGAAUACAGAUACAGCAGUGAGCUGAGGCUGGUGCGGCUGAAAAUGUCAGAGGGUGGUGUUUAUACCUUUCAAGCCUCCAACGGUGACGCAUCAGUUAAUCAGACGUUCAACAUCUUUGUGAUCAGUAAGCCUCAGAUUGUAUCAUCUGAGGGCCCAGUGGAUGGACAGGUACGCUGUGUGGCUGAGGGCUACCCUGCGCCACAAAUCAAAUGGUACUACUGUGAGCAGCCAUCUGUCAGGUGCUCACAGCAAAUGAAUGCCACCCAGGAGGAGCAAAAUGUCAUCACCAUCACAUUGCUCAACCCCGUAUUUGGGUUAACCGAGGUGGAGAGUCGCGUGAAAAUCAACAGGGGACGAUUUAGCACACUGGAAUGUGUAGCUACAGCGGAAGGGGAGCAAGCCUUCAUCCUCUUUUCUAUAAAUGAGACGAGAGUUCCCCAUGAUUUGUUUACCCCUCUGCUCAUCGGCUCUGUGUCGGCUGCAGCCACCCUCUGCCUCAUCCUCAUCAUGCUUGUCUACAAGUACAUGAAGAAACCGAAAUACCAGAUUCAGUGGAAAGUCAUCGAGGGAAUCCAUGGAAACAACUAUGUGUACAUUGACCCGACUCAGCUGCCGUACGAUCACCAGUGGGAGUUUCCGCGAAACAACCUGUGUUUUGGGAAGACACUGGGAUCCGGUGCAUUCGGAAAAGUGGUGGAGGCCACUGCGUAUGGACUCUCGAAAGCAGAUUCGGUCAUGACGGUGGCUGUGAAAAUGCUUAAAACGAGUGCUCAUGCCACAGAGAAAGAGGCGCUGAUGUCAGAGCUGAAAGUCCUCAGUUACUUGGGAAACCACAUGAACAUUGUCAACCUGCUGGGAGCCUGCACCAUCGGAGGCCCCACGCUGGUGAUCACAGAAUACUGCUGCUUUGGAGACCUUCUCAACUUUCUUCGCAGAAAGAGGGAGUCCUUCAUCUGCUUCAAGCUCGAGGAAGACUAUUACUACCGCAACGUCACGCAGCAGAAAGCAACCAAAGGUGACAGCUUGAACGGCUACAUGACCAUGAGGCCUUCUGUUGCUGGCAGCCCACCGUUCAGCUCAUCGUCUGGGAGGAGACGUUCUCUACGCAAAGGGGGCUCUUACGUUGAAGCAAACUCAGAGAGCGAAAUGUUUGAUGAGGACGGCUUGUCUCUAGACACAGAGGAUCUUCUCAGCUUCUCAUAUCAAGUGGCCAAAGGCAUGGAGUUCUUAGCUUCUAAAAAUUGUAUUCACAGGGACCUCGCUGCCAGAAACAUCCUGCUGACUGAAGGCAGAGUGGCAAAAAUCUGUGAUUUUGGCUUGGCCAGAGACAUCACAACAGACUUCAACUAUGUAGUCAAAGGCAAUGCUCGUCUGCCUGUCAAAUGGAUGUCCCCAGAAAGUAUCUUUGAGUGUGUGUAUACAUUUGAGAGUGACGUGUGGUCUUAUGGCAUCUUGCUUUGGGAAAUCUUCUCACUGGGAAACAGCCCUUAUCCCGGUAUGCCUGUGGACGCCAAGUUCUACAAACAGAUAAAAGAAGGAUACAGAAUGGAUGCUCCGGAGUUUGCACCCAGUGAAAUGUAUCAGAUUAUGCGCUCUUGCUGGGAUAAAGACCCCUUCAACAGACCCCCCUUCAGGAAGGUUGUGGAGAGGAUUGAGCAACAGCUGUCAGAUGCCACUAAGCAUGUUUAUCUGAACUUUAGCUCCAGGCUCCCGAUGUUUCCGAGAGCGAGGGAGGAGCUUGACGCGGAGAGCAAAGAAUGUCACAAUCUCAACUCUGUCAGUGGGAACAGAACUCCGACACAGCCCUUACUGGUCCAGCACGAGGUGUUCUUGGAGGGGACGACCCAAAGGGCCCUCUGGGUGUAGGGACCCAGUCGACGUGUUUGGCUGUCUCAUAAAGUGCCUGUAAUGUUCCGCCAGAAAAACCAUCCAACCGUCACAUUACCCCGCCACUCUGGUACCAGCGGCAGUCGUCCUGCUGCACGUAGAAUAGUCACUCCCAUUUCCUCACGAUGGACCUUAGAGGGACAAAGGACGAAUGGUUUUUAUCUUUGCUAUCACUGAUUUUGCCUGCUGAUCAGGGGGAAGACACUUGGACUAGUGCCCCCCGGCUCACAGCGAAGACCUGCUAAGGCCGAAAAAAGGAGGGUGGAUGGACGUAAAUUUAUCAGUCAUUCAUCUUGAACUGUCAGGAAACACAUAAUCUUGCCGUUAUCUUUUUUUGUUUUGUUGUUCCACUUUUUUUCAGUCACAUAUCGCUCCGACACAUUUCAUAACGAUUGUUUUUUGCUUUGCCAUGAUUUUUGGCAGUCCAUACUGUACAUAACUUGUUUCUUUCUAUCAGAGUUGUUGUUUAUUACUUUUUUGUGUUUUGUUAUUCUUUGGUUGUUUAUCUGUCAUGGAAAUGAUAGUGGUAUUUUCACUCUGGAGGGCUGUUUAGCUUUUGUGGCGGGGGAAAAGGAGAAAAAAAAAGCACUCGAGGCACUUAAACUUCACAUCAUUCCACACACCAUGUAUUGCUUUUUUUUUUUUAACUCUUAUUGUCAGUAUUAUUUCAAACUGUUCAGACCUAUGCUAUAUGAAGAAGAUACUUUUUGGGGGCCAAUUUAAUUUGAGAUAGGGAGACACUGUUAUAUAAGCUAUUGAACAGGAUGGUCAAUAUAUAUAUAUGUCCAUAAGUGCUUCAAGAUGAGUAGGAGAUUUACUGUACUUUUGCUCUUUUUAAUGUUGUGACCUAAAACAAAUAACUGUCUGGACCUUAUUACACAAACCAUUACUUACAAAUACUCAAAACACAGAGUUGUCUUCAAAGUUAUGGUAUUUAUAAUGGUACACUAGCUUUUCAUAUAUGUGCUUGUUGACUAUGUAUGUAUAUAUAUAUAUAUAUAUACACACAGACACACAUAGACAAACAUGAAAGUAAUGAUAAUAGUUAGUCAUCUGCAAUCAGAUGCAAGAUUAGAGAUUGUCAAAGAAAAUCUGUGAAGCCUCUGUGUCUGAGAAGUCAUAUUUUAGAUUUGUUACAUAACCAGGUCAUUUCUGACAGCUGGACUGCGAGAUAGAGAAUGUUAUGUUGUGAAGGUGUACAUAACCGUAAAACUGGGUUCCUCUCCUGCCACGUCUAUUGUAUAUUUGUUUACAAGCAUGAGAUAGGUACUGCAAAGUCUGCUAGGUGUUUUCCCUUCUUUCCACAUCCUAUCGCUUCAUGAAGGGCCACAGACGGGCAGUCCGUGUGUUUUCACUCCACAUCAGAGGUGCGAUUCUUCAUCGCCAGUUAAGUCCAGGCGACGUUAAGGUGGCUGGCAUUAAGUGGGGAGCAGAAUUUCCUGAGGUGUUCGUGCCAGGGGGUCUUCGGGGGCUCUCGGCGCAGAUGUUUCACGAGGCACAGAACUUGGUGUGUCAUCUCAUUGUUCUCCGGCCAGUAGCUGGUUUCCUAGCAGUCCCCCCUCCUCUUUGUAUCCAGCUGUUUCCUCUCUCAGAAGUGGAAUUUUCAGCACCCCUCAGCCAGUAGUUUGAAUCAUUCGAGUCCGUUAAGAAUCCCCUCUUCCUACUGGUGGAUGUUGUUCUGAGGAGUACAAGGAAAGUGUCCUGUUUGUAUGAAAACGUUUGCUUGGCUAUGUGUGUGUGUGUGCAUGUGUGUGUGUGUGUGUCUGUUUAUGAAAGAGCAUGCACAUCUCCUUCCAUGUGUAUGACUGUAUAUCUGCCUAGUUAAGAAUUAAUAUCAAGAGGUGCCACUACUAAAGAUUCAUCACUUCAUUUAGGUUAGUAAAAACCCCACCAUCUUACAUGCCCUUGUCUGUUUGUGAAUAUAAAUGUGCGUAUAUUGUAAAGUAAUGUCAGUGCUAUUGACAACGUCUAUCUUAAUGAAGAAACGGUACAUUGAUGCAGAAUUUUAUUAUGCUGUAUUUUCUUAUGUGUGCAAAAAGAAACUUUCCUGUGGUAGAUUCAACUGGAAAAGCUGCUGUGUCUCUUGUCUCUAAGAUAUGUUCAACAAAAAAAAAAAAGAAAAAAAAUAAGAUUCACCUGAGCUAACACUUUCAUUCAGGCUGACUCAUCAUUUAAACCACAGUUUUUUUUGUUUUUGUCUUUAACUUGGAAACUCACUGUUGUCACUGAUUCCACAACUUGGAAAAGAGAUUCCUCCAAUUGAUAGGGAUUAUUUUCUGUUUCAUCGCUUCCAUUAUACCUUUCCAUGCAUUUCAUGCAUUUUGCUUCAUAUUUAUUAAAAAGCUUUAGAACUAUUGUGUAAAUCUGAUGUCUUGCAACGACACGCGAGUCAGUGUAAAUAAAAAUGUGUAUAUUUAA